GUAACUUUCCUACUUUGACAAGUCGACACGCAAUCUCUUCCAUUUUCCUCGAAAUUUCCCUUCUUUAUUCCCUAAUUCUUUAAUCCCCCGCUAUUUAAGCAGCGAACUGCUCUGUCCCACUUUCCCUCUAUUUCACACCCACCCGCCCCACUUCUUCUCUCUCCCCCUCCCAAGAUUGCACCGGAAAAGUUCUGUGUUUUGCUCGUCACCCAGUUUCCUGUCUUGCACUGUCUCCUCAGAACCUGAAGGUAAAUUCCGAGUUGUUUGAGCAUGGAGAACAAUCAGCAGUCCUUCUGGCAAUUCAGCGACCAGCUCAGGGUCCACACCUCGAACCUCGCCAGCCUCUCCCUCAACGACUCCAUCUGGAGCAACAACUUCGCCUCCUCCAAGCGCCCCGAGGACCGCCGCAACUUCGACGUCAGGGUCGGCGGCUCCGUCAAUUCGUCCAGCACCUUGAAGCCGCCCAAGGCCUCCGACCUCAACUUGCCCGCCGGGAACGAUCCCCUCCCUGGGAAGGACUUCAACGGGUUCAAUUUCGGGUGGAAGAUGGGCGCUGCUGAUGCCGCUCUCAAUGACCUCAACGUCAAUGGGUUCGACGACGGGUGGAAGGUCGGCAGCAUCGGGUCUACGAUGAACGUCGGGGUCAACAACGACGCGUUCAACAAAGGGAUAUACCCUAAGCCUAUGGGCUUGAAUUAUCCGAUGAACGGAAGUCUGAACCUGAAGGGGGCCCGGAACAAUAGGGCCGAGAAUGAUCACAAAGGUUCAAAGAAGAGUGGCGGCAGGAAGAAUGGCGACAUCAAUAAUAACAGCAACAGCGAGGGCAAGUCCGGCGCUGAUAAGAGGUUCAAGACGCUCCCGCCUUCCGAAUCCCUCCCGAGGAACGAGACCGUCGGCGGGUACAUCUUUGUCUGCAACAACGACACUAUGCAGGAGAAUCUGCAGAGAGAGCUCUUCGGUUUACCGCCUCGUUAUCGGGAUUCAGUGAGGCAGAUAACUCCGGGCCUGCCCCUUUUCCUCUACAACUACUCCACCCACCAGCUUCACGGUGUCUUUGAGGCUGCGAGUUUUGGAGGGAGUAACAUAGAUCCAAGUGCCUGGGAAGACAAGAAAUGCCUGGGCGAAUCUCGGUUCCCAGCUCAGGUUCGAGUUAUCACAAGGAAAGUCUGCGAGCCACUGGAGGAGGAUUCCUUCAGGCCAAUCCUCCACCACUACGACGGUCCUAAAUUCCGCCUCGAGCUGAACAUUCCCGAGGCACUUUCCCUUUUGGACAUAUUUACCGAGCGAGAGAACUAAACACACCACACCGGCAUAUCUUUAUGAGGAUGUAAAAGAGUGAGAACAGUAGAAAUACUAUACUCAGCCGAUGAAAGUAAGUAGGAGCAUACGGUUCGUAAGAGAGUUUCCCCGACAACGGAACAACACUAGGCGCAAGGAUGAACCAUCUUUCUAUGGCUGUGUUUUUGCCUGCUCAACUUACCGCCUGUUUCCGGUUUUUUCGGGCCAUAGAGAUUGUUGUUCUUGUGCUUUCUGUUCUUCUGUAGUUAUGUACAAAUUACAAAGAAUGCAUCGAGUGAAAGAGGAUCUUCUAGAGCGUAGAUAGAGUUUGAUUAUACUAUGUGGGACAGUAUUCUAUGUAAUAUCGUCAUGAAAAAAAAUAAUAAGAAAAAGAAAAGUAACAAUAAUACCCUUUAUUUGGCUAUUUAAGUUAUACAAA